AAUCAAAUAUAUAAUACAUUUUGUGGCCCUAAUCUCUUACUCACCCACUCAGUCUGUCGUUCGCGCUCUCUCUCUCUCUCUCUGUAAACCUCUCAACAGAUGGAUUCAUCUUUCGCUGAUUCAUCUCAAAAUGAUACAAUCUCGGUGAUUCAUCUUGGCGAUUUCGAUUUUGAUUUCAAAAUUUAUGUUUCGGUGAUUCUUUCUCUCAAUUUCGAAGCCUAUUUUGAAUCUGAGAACAAUUAUUAAAGCCUUUGUAAACCCUUAUUCUGAAUCCUCACACCUUCAAAUCUCGUCUCUCUCUUAACCCUCUCUAAAACCUUACCAUUCUCACAGAUUCAUCUUUGAGAUUCAGAGCGGUUUCGAUUUCGAAGCCCCACCGCCACCACCGUCUGCACCGUCCUCACAGCACUGCCAGCCUUGCCUGCGAGAGAGAAAACCUUCGUGCGACACCAUCUCGGAGGCUUUCCUUUGCUCAUCUCAUCUCUCCGGUGACAAGAUCUCGCCAAAAUCGGCCUCUCCACAGCGGCGUUCUAAGGCUUCUUCCGGCAACAGGACUCCAUUCAUUGUCUCUCCCAAGGCCGUCUAUGAUUCGUAGAAUUCGCAGACUUGUCUCGAUCCUGAUGCAAGCAGAUGAAUGGAACAGGAUAUUCUUACAGAAUGUUCUGGGAAUUAUACUUGGGGGUGGAGCUGGGACUCGCCUUUACCCUCUUACAAAGAAGAGAGCAAAACUAGUUCCUUUAGGAGCAAAUUAUCGCCUGAUUGACAUUCCGGUCAGGAAUUGCCUGAACAGAAACAUAUCAAAGAUCUAUGUUCUUACACAAUUCAAUUCUGCAUCUCUAAAUCAUCACCUUUCAUGGGCAUACACAAGUAACAUGGGUGGCUACAAGAAUGAAGGUUUUGUUGAAGUUCUUGCUGCUCAGCAAAGCCCAAAGAACCCCAAUUGGUUCCAGUAGGGUACAGCUGAUGCUGUGAGACAGUAUUUGUGGCUAUUUGAGGAACACAAUGUUCUAGAAUUCUUGAUUCUUACUGGGGACCAGAAUUUCGGCUCUAGUAUCCCUAAUUUAUUGUUGGAUUGCUGCCAGGGCACAUAUGAU